GUCCAGAGAGCUGCUUAGGGUUUUAUUGGGGGAUAAGCUGUUUUAGUAAGAUAAAUUUGGAGGUUUUCUAGUGCGAAUUUCAGUUUUGUUGCGUCUAAUUUGAAGAUUGUUGCGCAGCAGUAUUACUCUGUCAGCAAUUAGAGAUCGUUGCAGCUUCAAAUUCAAUUACAGUGAUUAAGUAAAAGGGGGUGAUACCACUGAGCCCUCAGUCCGUGGGCUGAUGUAUGCGAACAUCAAUCAUUGCAUAUACUAUUGUUCGCUUAGUAAUUUCUAUCUGGUGGCUCUUAUGAUAACUGAGCAGCAUAGUUUCGUUUGUAUCUGAUAUGGUGGCGAGGGGCUCCAAGUUCUAAUUGCAGCUGCCUGUUUUAUUAAGACGCCACAUGUGAUAUGGUAUGCUGCAAAAUUUCUGUGGUGUUCUGCACUCCCAUCGAAUUGUGAGAUAUGCCUCGCUAUGACGAUCGCUAUGGAAGCACACGCUUGUAUGUUGGUAGAUUGUCCUCCCGUACUCGUUCCCGCGACUUAGAAUAUGUAUUCAGCAAGUAUGGAAGAAUACGAGAAGUGGAGUUGAAGCGCGACUACGCGUUUAUUGAAUUUAGCGAUCCUCGUGAUGCUGAUGAUGCGCGAUACAACCUAGAUGGCAGGGAUGUUGAUGGGAGCCGCAUUAUUGUUGAGUUUGCUAAAGGGGUUCCACGUGGUUCAGGUAGCUCACGUGAAUACAUGGGAAGAGGGCCCCCGCCAGGAACAGGCCGUUGUUUUAACUGUGGAAUUGAUGGUCACUGGGCAAGGGACUGCAAGGCUGGUGACUGGAAGAACAAAUGUUACCGCUGUGGAGAAAGGGGUCAUAUAGAAAGAAAUUGCCAGAACAGUCCAAGGAGUCUCAGGCAUGAGGGAAGUUAUUCACGUUCCCCAUCUCCACGCCGUGGACGGGGCCGCAGUCGGAGCUACAGCAGAAGCCGGAGCUAUAGCCGAUCUAGAUCCAGAUCCCUGUCUGGGUCUCCCAGGGGCGGACGCCGUGACCGUGACGAGAGGAGAUCAAGGAGUCUUAGCUACAGCAGGAGCCCCAGGCGAUCUGCCUCCCCUCCUGCAAAGGAAAAGGAGCGCAGCCCCACACCCGAUGGAAGCCAGAGUCCGAGGGGCCCCAGCCCCCAGGAUCGGGUAAGCCCGCCACCAAAGGAUAAUGUGGAGCGCAAUGGCUCAGAGCAUGGUGACAGCCCUCGUGGGAGGGAGGACAGCAGAAGCAGGAGCAGGAGCCGGAGCCCAUCUGACGGGAAUCGUAGCCCUGGUGCCAAUGGGCGCAGCCCGAGUCCAGGGGGUAACCGCAGUCCAAGCCCGAAGGACAAUGGCAAUGGUGAUGAUGAGGACCGGCAUGGUUCACCGAGAGGAAGCCAGUCCCCUUGAAAACCUGGAACCAGAUCCCUGUUGUGACGCUUAAUGAUGCAGUGCGCCGAUACUUAUUCAGUUUAGAUAAAACAAACUCUAUUUGCUUCCUCAUUUUUUUUCUUCUCAAAACGCUGGCUUGUUUACUUUUGCUUUGAGCUAGAAACCUGCAAGGAUUUGUUGCCCUCGGGCUUUUACUUUGUGUAAUGGAGAUAAUUGAAUUUGGUAA